CUGCUGGUUGAAUAUUUUGGACACAAAAAAUGGGGCAAUCUAACAGAGAGUCUGCCAGGAAGUGUCAUCCAAAGUGGGUUAUAUCACAAAAUAAUCAUUAUUUUUCUUCUUCUGCUUUAUGCUUAUAUUUGUAUAAAUUUCACCCUAAGCGUAAUUGCAACUAUUCUUUUGCUUGUCUCCCUUUGGAAGCACACAAAGAAUUUGAAGAAGAGUGGUGCUAGUGUUAAAGACAUCAACACUCAGGUCCAUAUCAAUGUCAUAACAUUAUCAUUGUUUUAUGUCUUCUUCUAUGUUCUGUAUUUCACUAGCAUGAUAGUCUUUUCCAGUGAUGUUAUUAGGUUUAGAAGCACUGAAAGACCAGUUAUGGAAAUCGUUACAAUUAUAUUUCCUUGUGCACACUCCAUCAUAUUAAUAUCGACCAAUCCCAAACUGAAAGAAAUGGCUGAUCACAUUCUGAAUAUCAGACAAAGAGCUUCAUAA